UUGUUUAUCUAUAGUGGUAGCAACCCCAACCCCGUACUAGGUUCGUCUUUGCUCCGUGUUUAUAUAUCCAAUGGUGAACAUUCUGUAGCAAACGAGCACAAAUACAAGAAGAUGAUCAUCAGGUUACUGAUUCUCUCAUCACUCCUUUUUGGGGUAAUGAGUCAGCAGUGUGGACAAGGUUGGAAGCAAUAUGGGGACACGUGUUACCUGAUAAGAUCCGAUCGAAGGUGGUGGGAUGAGGCAAGAAAAAACUGUCAAAAUCAACAAGCAGAUCUUGCUAUUAUUGCGUCAACAGACGUCAACGACUUUCUAAAAGGCUUAAUAAAAGAUACAAGCAAGUAUUACUGGAUAGGGUUACACGACACCUCGAAUGAGGGCAACUUCAUGUGGGUGGACGGUACACCGUUGGAUAAUUCUCAAGCGAGUUGGAAACCAGGCGAACCUAAUGGAUCUGGCCUAGGCGGUGAAGAUUGCGUAGAAUUGAGAGACAAUGGCCAGUGGAACGAUGAAAACUGCCAGCUACCACAACCAUAUAUAUGUUCAAGAAAGCAGAAUGUUGUAAUAAAAUGCGACGAAUCUAAUGGCUGGUCAAACCACAAUGGUCAGUGCUACUUAUUAGUUGACGAGCAACGAUCGUGGAGUGAUGCGGCUAGCGAAUGUUCACUUGUAGGUGGACAGUUAGUUAAAGUUGAGUCACAGGACACUCAGGAUUAUUUAAAUGUAUUGACGUCACGUUAUCGACGCACAUAUUGGAUAGGGUUGACAAAUUUGAAUGGCAAUACAGCUGCAGAUUACCAAUGGAGUGACGGCGCAUCGCUUGGUUCCUAUAACAACUGGGCUGUGGGUCAGCCGGAUAACAAAUAUUAUGGAUCUGGAGGAGAUUGUGCUGAGGUUCUUGAUACACUUACUGGUGCUGUCGGUAAAUGGAGUACUGCAUCAUGUUCACAAACGUUAUAUUUUAUUUGCCAAAGAGAUGAAGGUACGUGUGCUUCUGGCUGGAGGCUUUUUGAUGGAAAUUGUUACCAGAUCAACGCAAACACAAAGAAAACUUGGACUGAUGCCAAACACUACUGUGAAGCCGAGGGUGGAUAUAUUACCUCGAUAUUGUCUGAUCGUGAGAAUGAAUAUAUUGCCAGUCAGUUUCCAGAACUACAGAAGGCUGGGAUUACAGACAUCUGGUUUGGAAUGUCAGAUGUGGCAAGCGAUGGAAAUUUUGUGUGGUCUGAGGGCAGUGCAAUUACCGUCACCCAUUGGAACCCGGGGGAGCCUAACAAUGUCAAAGGUCAGACAGAUUGUGGAAGUAUUUACACAGAUAAUACUGAUGCAGCUUGGGAUACUAAGAAUUGCUAUGUACUUCAAGCAUUCAUUUGCAAGAUCAAAGCAGGAGCACCAGUACAGUCUAUACCUCCUUCUAAAACUAUUGGAAGUUGUUCUCCUAACUGGGCUUUGUUUGGUGAUAGUUGUUAUUAUUUUGGGACAAACCCGAAGACUUGGACUGCUGCCAAAACAACAUGUGAAAGCAUGCAGGCAUCCCUGACCAGCAUCUUAUCAUCUGAUGAACAGUCAUUCUUAUCAGUGCGAGCAGAUGUUGCUAAGGAUAACAUGUGGAUUGGCCUACACGAUAGUAAUGGUGAAGGCACCUUCGAGUGGACUGAUUCAUCAGCAGUGUCUUUCACUAACUGGGCACCUGGUGAGCCUAACAAUGUCGGCAACGAGGAUUGUGUUCAUCUUGAGAUCAACUACUACAAGGUUGGAAUGUGGAAUGAUCUGACUUGUGACAGGGAAGAGAGCUGGGUCUGCAAAAAACCAAAAAUUGAUGAUGGCACUGUAAACACACAGACUCCACUUCCAACUGGUGCAUUUGACACUCGUUGCGGUAUCGACUGGGUCUACGAUAGUUCAUCGGGCAAAUGUUAUAUUCUACGACCAUCAGACUACAAAGACUGGGCCGGCGCAAGAGAGCAAUGCCUCAUAGAGGGCGCUGACCUUGUCAGUAUUACAUCAUAUGAAGAAGAAAAUUUCCUUAUAUCUCUUCUGAGAGGGAUUACUGAGCCAACCAUGUGGAUAGGUGCCAAUGAUCUAAAUCUUGAAGGGGGCUGGGAGUGGAGUGACGGUAUGCCUUUUGUAUAUUUCAACUGGAAGAGUGGUGAACCCAACAAUGAUGGGCGGUUUGCAGGUGGAGAGAACUGUGGGGAAUUGAUCGUGAAUCAAGGUGUUUGGAAUGAUCACAAAUGUGAAAAGAAUUUCAUCGGGUACAUCUGCGAGAAGGAUCAUUACAUCAACAAGUAUUUUGACUCCUACCAUUAUUCUUAUAUUGAUGGCUUUGACAAUGUAGUCCUGACCAACAUGUAUCCAAACGACUGCGCUAAAAGGUGCAUAUCGACAACAGAUUUCCUAUGCAAGAGUUUUGAUUACAAUCGCAACCAGAAAACAUGCCAGCUAAGUUCAUACGACAAAGAAUCUGCUGGAGGCCUUACAACGGCCUACACAGGAGACAUAUAUGAUCAUUAUGAAAGAGAUAUGAAUGUACCAACCGAUGCCCCGCCCACUACCCUACCACGAAACUAUGGCUGUCCUGAUGGCUGGUCUGAGUACGGUAACUACUGCUACUUUGCUGAUAAUACGGUAGCCAAUUGGCAAAUAUCUCAAGACAAAUGCAGUCAGCGUUAUCGCGGUGCUAAUCUGGCGUCUGUUCACAAUAAAGGAGAGAAUGAUUUCUUGAUGAAUAUUGUUCAAAAUGUUAUGUAUGGUCACUCCACUUGGAUUGGCAUGAGUGAUAACACCAAUGAAGGAACCUUUGCAUGGGCUGAUGGGUCAGAGGUCGAUUAUACGUACUGGGGACAAAACCAGCCUGAUGAUUGGAAUACAGGGGAGGAUUGUAUUGAGUUGCGAUACUGGGACGGUACCUGGAAUGACAAUGUUUGUUCAGGAGCUUUCACCAGUAUCUGCAAGAUGAAAAAGAUGGAUGUUGGUAACACGGCAGUACCUACCGAUGCAGGAUGCGAAGCUGGCUGGAUGGGUCAUAGUUACAAGUGCAUUAAGAUGGUGACAGAUGCUAAAUCUUGGAGUGAUGCUGAAAAUAAUUGCAAAGCAUUUGGUGGAUAUUUAAUGUCCAUUCAUGAUCAGUAUGAACAAGCAUUUAUUGCUAGCCAGUUGAGUUUAUCAAAUGGAAUGAAUUUCUGGAUUGGUUUGAGUGACAGUGCAACCCCAGGAACAUACAAAUGGUCAGAUGGUACAUCAGUCACCUACACAAACUGGGCUCAAGGACAACCAGAUGACAGUGCCGGACUCUGUGUUUCCAUCACGUCUGGAGACUCUGCCGGCUUCUGGAUUGACGCAAGUUGUGCACUUGGCCUGCCCUUUAUUUGCGAAAAGAGUCGACUUGGUUACACUCGCCCACCUUUUACAAAUCCACCAAUUGUAACGCAGCCAAAUGAUCGUUCUUGUGCUACAGGAUGGAUUGGCUAUGGAAGUUCCUGCUACAUGCCGAAUGAGGUACAAUCAUCUAGAGAUCGUCUUACAUGGUUGGAUGCCAGACAAGCUUGCUUAAGUAUGGGAGGCGAUCUUGCUAGUUUCCACAGUGCAGCGGAGGAGGCAUACAUACUAAGUAGAUUCACUCCUAUAGAUCAAGAAAAUGCAUACUGGCUAGGGUACUGGAUUGGGCUCAACGAUCAAGUCAUUGAGGGAGGUUUUGAAUGGAGUGAUAAUACACCUGUUGACUAUACAAAUUGGGGAGAUGGUGAGCCAAAUGACAGUGGAUCUGAAGAAUGCGUUGAGAUGUUUUAUGACGGACAACGAGGCUGGAACGACAUCGAUUGCUCAACUCCCCGCAACUGGGUUUGUAAAAUCGAUAAAGGUGUGACGCCUGUAACACCAACACGAGAUCCUGGUGCAGAUCCACCUUGCCCAUCGAACAGCGCUUGGGUGCAUCGUGCACCAUAUUGUUACUAUGCUAGUAAGCCUUACGGCGCUGGCCGCAAAGGCUGGCAGGAUGCUGAGGACUGGUGCAAUAGUCAAGGUGGUAACUUGGCGUCGAUUCAUGAUAGCGGUGAACAAUCUUUCAUCUUUAGACUAGUGAACAAAGCAGUUGGAUCUUAUUGGAUUGGUCUACGAGAAGAGAGUGCAGGAGGAACAUACAGGUGGAGUGACAGUACACCAUUUGACUUCAUAAACUGGGCAAAGAAUGAGCCUAACGAUUUCAACGGUGCUGAACAGUGUGCGGAGCUGGAGGUACAAAAAUUGGCUGCCUGGAAUGAUCAAGCCUGUGGAAUUCUUGGCCCAUUCGUCUGCAAAAAGGUUGAGGAUAACAUAAACCCUGUUACGAAAGCCCCAACACCUGUGCCAACAGGCAAUUGUCUAAACGGGUGGUUCAAACAUAGCAACCGUUGUUAUAGAGUGUACGGAACCGAGAGCAUCGAUCGCCUUGGCUGGUCUGAUGCACGUAGCAUGUGCCUGGCCAAGAAUGCUGACUUGGCAACAGUACAUAACAAUGAACUCCAAGCGUAUCUGUCUACAUUCUUGAAGUCAAUAGAUAGUGACAUUUGGAUAGGUCUGACUGAUGCAGGCUCUGAUGGUAAAUUUCACUGGGUAGAUGGCUCUGGCGUUGAUUUUCAAGCUUGGGCUAGUGGCGAGCCAGAUAGUGGCGUUAUUUUGCCUGAUGGAAGCUCUCAGAAUUGUGUAAAAAUGAUAAAUAAUGGAGAACAGACUGGACGUUGGGAUGAUGCAGGAUGCAGCCCUCUCAAUGCAUAUGUCUGCCAACAGCCUUUAGAUUCUUCGCUGCCUAAAAAUCCAGACAACAUUGAAUUCUGUGGCAAACCAAACUUCCGGAAGUAUGGUGAUUCGUGCUAUAUGAUGGACACCUCAAAGCGAGACUUUGCAUCGGCCCGAUCAGUGUGCCAGAGCCAAGGAGCAGAGCUGGCAAGCAUUCCCGAUGGAUACGAGCAAGUGUUUGUAGAAUCACUCAUUUAUGGUAACAAUAAUGAACCAGUCUGGAUUGGAAUGAUAGAUACUAAGGAGGAAGGCGUGUAUGUUUGGUUGGAUGGCUGGCCUGUCUGGUAUACUCACUGGUCUGUAAAUGAGCCUAGCAAGGGUCCUGGAGAAGGCUGUGUUCGAGUGAAUGGGGAUGGUUAUUGGGAGGAUGCCCCUUGUGCAAGUACUCACAAUGUCCUCUGCAAGACAACAACAGCGGAGAAGCCUGUUACUCCAUCACCUGGCCCUGGCACCUGCCCAAGUGAUGAUUGGGUUCCUUAUGGCCGGCAUUGCUAUUUCUUUGGAGUCUCUAGGACCUCGAUGUCCUGGGCAGAGGCAGAGUUUGCGUGCUCUUUGAAUCAUGCCGCUCAUCUAACAAGCAUCCACAGCAGAGCCCAGAAUGAGUUCAUCCGUAACAAUGUACAGAGUCGUCUAGGCAAAAGUGUUUGGCUUGGUCUCUAUAGAACAGAUGUCGGUGGAUUCCAGUGGUCUGAUGGUACUGGCGUAGACUACACUUUCUGGAAUGAUGGAGAACCAACCAUGACACAUAAUGGACAACAUGAGAACUGCGUGGAAAUGUAUCCAGAAUACGGGUACUGGAAUGAUGAGAACUGUUAUGAUGGCCAAGCUUAUGUUUGUCAAAUUUUGAAAGGGCCAGUGAAUCCUGUCACUGGAGAUGGACCAAACCCACCUCAGUAUACAACUAAUGAUGAUGGAAAUAAAGAACCUAGUACAGGAGGUAAACUAAACACAGGGGCAAUUGUAGGCAUCGUUCUGGCUUCUGUUGUUCUUUUACUUGCUGUUGCUAUGAUUGCCUGGUUUGUUGCACAGCGAAAGAAAUUCUCCUUUAAUGAUUCCAAAGCCACAACCGGGAUAGAUAACCAACUAUACAACACUGGCACCACGGAGAAGCCUGUUACUCCAUCACCUGGCCCUGGCACCUGCCCAAGUGAUGAUUGGGUUCCUUAUGGCAGGCAUUGCUAUUUCUUUGGAGUCUCUAGGACCUCGAUGUCCUGGGCAGAGGCAGAGUUUGCGUGCUCUUUGAAUCAUGCCGCUCAUCUAACAAGCAUCCACAGCAGAGCCCAGAAUGAGUUCAUCCGUAACAAUGUACAGAGUCGUCUAGGCAAAAGUGUUUGGCUUGGUCUCUAUAGAACAGAUGUCGGGCCAGUGAAUCCUGUCACUGGAGAUGGACCAAACCCACCUCAGUAUACAACUAAUGAUGAUGGAAAUAAAGAACCUAGUACAGGGCCAGUGAAUCCUGUCACUGGAGAUGGACCAAACCCACCUCAGUAUACAACUAAUGAUGAUGGAAAUAAAGAACCUAGUACAGGAGGUAAACUAAACACAGGGGCAAUUGUAGGCAUCGUUUUGGCUUCUGUUGUUCUUUUACUUGCUGUUGCUAUGAUUGCCUGGUUUGUUGUCCAGCGACAGAAAUUCUCCUUUAAUGAUUCCAAAGCCACAACCGGGAUAGAUAACCAACUAUACAACGCUGGCACCAGUACAGUACACCUAGGUGAGAAAGUACAAGCAGAGGCAUAAUAAACAAUCUCAAAUUUUAUAUCAAUUAAUCAAAUACAGUCCUUUAGCUCCAGGGAUAUCUAUUUAUACAAGAAUUAAGCCAGUAAAUAGAAUUUCUCACCAGGCACUUAAUUCUAUAUUCCAAGACUUCUAUCAACAGAAUAACACCCGUAAGCCUAGUGUACAUAGUUGGCUCAUGUGCUCUAUAAAUAACCUAGUACACCUUUCAAGAGGAGUAGGUUACCCUGAUAUACUGAUUCAUACCACCCCUGUGGUGGACAGACAAGAGUAGUUUACUGGGUAUUUCGGACAUGAUGGGACCCUUAAAGGAGGAUGUUACUAGCAUACAAGCUAGUCUAGUUUAAAAAAGUCCCAUACUCUAGCGAUGCCUGUAGGCCCAGUAAAUGAGAGUGGCACUGCACACUGACCAAUCAACCUGAAUGACUUGGCAUAGAGAACAUUUUACCUUUAUAUUACAUUGUUCAUGACACUGGCUAUAUGCUCAUUUUAAGAAAGUUUAGAAAGUCUUAGGUAAUGGAUUGAAGGGACUACGGAAAAAUCAUAUUAACUGGCUUGCAUGAUAAGGAAACCUGUCUCAUGUUUAACGGUAUCAAUAGGGGGUUUUAAUAUCUGUAUAGUUAUUUCUCCAGAAUAUUUUUCCCCUUUUGAGAUUUAAAUGAGGAAAAGAAAAAAAAAACUUCAAUGAUCAAUCGAACCCUAUUAAAGUUUUUGCAAGAUAAAUUAAUGUCAAGAUUCAACUCCUAUAAUAGAUGUAUAUUUUCCUUGGGCAUUUUUGCAAACUUUUUUCCGAGUGGGUGAAAAUAGUUAAACAAAAAAAUAUGUAUGUUUUCAAAUAUACUCAGAGCAUCUUAUGUACAUUUGUUUAAUUUAUAAGAAUUGUAUCAUUGAAAAUAAUAUAGAGGUUUUACCUCAUUUUUGCUAAAAAUGUAAUGCAGUAAAUUAUUUAAAUUU